UACAACGUGCUCAAAACGAAAAAGUUAGAAAGUUUACAUCCGCCUGACAUUUGAGCUGCCUCGAUUUUAGAAAACCCCAACCCCUUACUGCAGCAAGAUGAGUACAGUCACCAGCAGCGAUCACCAGGUGGACACCGAGGUGCUGCUGAUGCCCAGCACGAGCAGCAGCGCCAGCACCUGGAGCCAGCAGAGGAACUGGGCCAACGCCGCGGAGUUCGUGCCCAGCCACAAGCGUGUUACUAGUGAGGUGGAGGCGCCGGCUGGAGCAAGCUGCAGUGCAUCCGCUCGGCAUGCACCAGUUGUCUCCAGGGCGGAAGUAGUGAGAGGAUCUUCAUCUGUGGCCAAUCACGUGGAGACGUCCUGGAGCAGGUCGUUCGCCAGAUCCGUGGACAAGAAGUGCGGCAUUUGCUUCGAGACGAUCAUGGAGAAGGAGGGCGGAGAUAGGCGCUUCGGCAUCCUGCCCAGCUGCAACCACAUAUUCUGCUUCGAGUGCAUUUGCACGUGGCGCCAGGCUAAGCAGUUCGAGUACACAGUAAGGCGAGCCUGCCCAGAAUGUCGCGUGUGGUCGGACUUUGUGUGUCCCAGUCCGUUUUGGGUGGAGGCCAAGGAGGAAAAGGACCAGCUGCUCCAUGACUACCGCGCCGCUUUGGGUGCCAGGGACUGCAAAUACUUCAGGAGAGGAGACGGCCGGUGCUCCUUUGGCAACAAGUGCUUUUAUAAGCACGCCCUGCCCAACGGAGAUCACGUCGAUGUGGGAUUGCCGAUGCGUGCUCAAUGGAUACCGAUUCAACUUGGAUUUUUCGGAUUUCUUACAAUGAAUGUUUGGAGCCUUCAUCACCCGGAUUUCUAUUUUGGUGAUUACAGGAAUUCCGAAUACUCCAAUUACUCCGAUUACUCUGAUUACUCCGAUGACUCUGAUUAUUCCGAUGACUCGGAUUAUUCGGAUGAAGACUAAGCUGCUGAAACAGGAGCAAAUAGUAAUUGAUAUUCAAACUAUACAUCAUAUAUCUAAUUCUAAAUGACGCGAAGUAUUUUA